GUCAGAGAGGGGACUCGUGAUUGGUGCUCAAACCGGUGGCACGCAGGGCGGUUGUGCUGUGCAAUUUUGGGCCGUUCAGCAGCAGCGUGAGGCAGAGGUUACUUUUUCUUAGUCAGAAUACUGUGAAACAACUGGAAAACAUGCCAUCUGAUCUGGCAAAGAAAAAGGCAGCUAAGAAAAAGGAAGCGGCAAAGGCUCGCCAGCGCUCAAAGAAAACUGCUGACUCAAAUGAAGUUGAAGAGAAUGGAGAUCUUGGGGUAGAACUGGAUAAUUCAGAAAAAGCAAAUGGAACAGAUGAUGUCAUUGAAAAACUGACGAAGGAACUUGAUGAUUUUGAGAUGAAGAAGGCAGCAGCAAGGGCUGUGACUGGUGUACUGGCAUCUCAUCCCAAUAGCACAGAUGUUCACAUUAUUAACCUUUCACUGACCUUUCAUGGACAGGAGCUACUCAGUGAUACCACAUUAGAACUAAACUCCGGGAGGCGGUAUGGUCUGAUUGGUUUGAAUGGCACAGGCAAGUCAAUGCUCUUAUCAGCCAUAGGUCAUCGUGAAGUGCCUAUUCCAGAACAUAUUGAUAUUUACCACUUAACACGGGAAAUGCCUCCAAGUGAAAAAACCCCUAUCCAAUGUGUGAUGGAGGUGGACAAUGAACGUGCUAUGCUGGAGAAAGAGGCAGAAAGAUUGGUACAGGAAGAUGCCGAUUGUGAAAAGCUAUCUGAGCUCUAUGAACGUUUAGAAGAGCUGGACGCUGACAAGGCUGAGAUGAGGGCCUCUCGUAUUUUGCACGGUUUGGGGUUUACACCAGCUAUGCAAAAGAAAAAGCUGAAAGACUUCAGUGGAGGCUGGAGGAUGAGAGUCGCAUUAGCCAGAGCCCUUUUUAUAAGGCCUUUCAUGCUGCUGCUGGACGAGCCUACAAAUCAUUUGGAUCUUGAUGCGUGUGUGUGGCUGGAGGAGGAAUUGAAAACGUAUUAUAGGGUGCCCAAGCUCAUAACACAUUCUUCUGAAACAUCUGGCUUAUGUAAUAAUGUUAUUAAACUCUCUGGGAUACACAACAGGUAUUACAGGGGCAAUUAUGAUCAGUAUGUCAAAACAAGAAUAGAACUGGAGGAAAAUCAAAUGAAGCGCUUCCACUGGGAACAGGACCAGAUUGCACAUAUGAAGAACUACAUAGCACGAUUUGGCCAUGGUAGUGCCAAGCUUGCCCGACAAGCCCAGAGCAAAGAAAAAACCCUACAGAAAAUGAUGUCUUCAGGAUUAACGGAAAAAGUUAUUAACGAUAAGACUUUAUCAUUUUAUUUCCUGUCUUGUGGUAAAAUUCCACCUCCUGUCAUCAUGGUGCAGAAUGUUAGCUUCAGAUACACACAAGAUGGGCCUUUGAUCUACAAGAACUUAGAAUUUGGUAUUGAUUUGGACACCCGGGUGGCACUGGUUGGACCCAAUGGAGCUGGAAAGUCAACUCUACUGAAGCUACUGGCAGGAGAUCUUUUACCUUCUGAUGGAAUGAUUCGCAAACAUUCUCACGUCAAGAUUGGGAGAUACCAUCAGCACUUACAAGAACAAUUGGAGUUAGAUUUAUCGCCUUUGGACUACAUGAUGAAGUGUUACCCAGAGAUAAAAGAGAAGGAAGAAAUGAGAAAGAUCAUUGGCAGAUAUGGUUUAUCUGGUAAACAGCAGGUUAGUCCUAUUAGAAACCUUUCGGAUGGACAGAAGUGCCGUGUCUGCUUUGCUUGGCUGGCCUGGCAAAACCCACAUUUAUUAUUCCUGGACGAACCUACAAAUCACCUGGAUAUUGAGACAAUUGAUGCCCUGGCUGAUGCUGUCAAUGAGUUUGAGGGAGGAAUGAUGCUAGUCAGCCACGAUUUCCGUCUUAUUCAGCAGGUUGCUCAGGAGAUCUGGGUUUGUGAAAAGCAGACUAUCACCAAAUGGCAAGGAGGUAUCUUAUCAUACAAGGAACAUUUGAAGUCAAAAAUCAAGGACAAUGACCCCCAGCUUACCAAACAGACACACAAUGUCUGAGUUUCCUUAAUGAAACAAACUGAAUAAAAAGAACUGACUUGAGUAUGAAUGCAGAGUUUGCAAGCUUCCCCCAUAAAGUGGUAUUAGAUUGCGUUUGUCUCUGUGCCUGCUAAGAAGCUUGCUUCAAGUGAAGCUCCCCACACAAACUACAUGGACAUUGCCUGUUUUUAUCUAUUUCAGUGCUGAUUUCCAUCAUCAUACUCCAGUUCACAGCAGGCCGUGGAGACUAAAUACCCUUUUAUAGUAAAAAAUGCAGAUUCUGACCGAAAAGGUCAGACUUUGCAAUGGAAAUGUGUUCUCUACUCCAGUUUUAUUUUUUCCAGAAUGCACUGUGAAAACUUUAUUUUAAUCGGUAUCAUAACUGCAGUAAGGUUUGCAAACAUUGGGGAAUAAAGAUUUAGUCUGUA